GCCCAUGGCAGGAGGUGGGACUGGAUGAGCUUUAAGGUGCCUUUCAACCCAACCCAGUCUGACUCUGAGUCUACUUCUUGCUCCCAUGUGGAUGCAGGAAAUGUUUCAUUUGGAACAACCUGCCAUGGAAUUGGCAGAGAAAUCUCGAGAAGUGCAAGUGGCUGUUUUGUGCUGGGAGCACAUGGUGAUGGCAGCCUGGCCUGCCAUGGUUUUAGGGAAGUGGUGGGGAGGGUGGGGGCCUGCGACGGGUGUUCUGGCUGUGUUGCCCGUACAAUUGUUCAGUCCCUGGUGCUGCCUUUUGGUUUUGGUUUCUAACAGUCUGUUCUCUCUUCUCCCCAACCCACCACAGAGUUCUACCUUGUAAAUACUGUUAUUUGUAUAUACUGUAAAUGAUGACAUCGGUGGGCACUAACCGAACCCGGGGGAACUGGGAGCAGACACAGACACAGAGCCAGAUGCAGCACAAGCAGCGGCCGCAGGCCACUGCGGAACAGAUUCGACUUGCACAGAUGAUUUCGGACCACAACGAUGCUGACUUUGAGGAGAAGGUGAAACAACUGAUUGACAUCACAGGCAAGAACCAGGACGAGUGUGUGAUUGCUCUGCAUGACUGCAAUGGGGAUGUCAACAGAGCCAUCAAUGUGCUGCUGGAGGGCAAUCCGGACACGCAUUCCUGGGAAAUGGUCGGGAAGAAGAAGGGUGUCUCAGGACAGAAGGAGAGUGGACAGACAGAGCCCAGUGAAGAAAGCAAAGAAAACCGGGAGCGGGAGCGGGAUUUCAGCAGACGACGUGGCGGGCCACCGAGACGGGGGCGAGGUGCCAGCCGUGGAAGAGAGUUUCGGGGCCAGGAGAAUGGACUAGAUGGUGGGAAGAGUGGAGGAUCUUCUGGAAGAGGCACAGAAAGAGGGAGGCGGGGACGUGGCCGAGGCCGAGGUGGCUCUGGACGGCGAGGGGGAAGAUUUUCUGCCCAAGGCAUGGGAACUUUCAACCCUGCUGACUAUGCUGAGCCAGCCAGCACGGAUGAGAACUAUGGGAAUAGCAACAACAACACGUGGAACAACACUGGGAGCUUUGAGCCGGACGAUGGCACAAGUGCGUGGAGGGCAGCGACAGAAGAAUGGGGCACGGAGGACUGGAAUGAAGAUCUAUCAGAGACAAAGAUCUUCACUGCCUCCAAUGUGUCUUCAGUGCCUCUGCCUGCUGAGAAUGUGACAAUCACAGCUGGACAAAGGAUCGAUCUUGCAGUCCUGCUAGGAAAGACACCAUCUUCUAUGGAGAACGAGUCAACGAACCUGGAGUCAUCCCAGACUCCUUCUCUGGCCCAGCCACUGGUGUUCAGCAAUUCCAAGCAGACUGCUCUGUCCCAGCCUGCCUCUGGAAACUCCUUCUCUCACCACAGCAUGGUGAGCAUGCUGGGGAAGGGGUUUGGAGAUGUCGGGGAGGCCAAAGGCAGCAGUACCACAGGGUCUCAGUUUCUGGAGCAGUUCAAGACAGCCCAGGCGUUGGCUCAGCUGGCAGCUCAGCACACCCAGCCUGCUGGGAGCACCACUGCUGCUUCCUGGGACAUGGGAUCCACCACGCAGACCUCGUCUCUGGUGCAGUACGAUCUCAAGAACCCAACAGAUUCUUCCGUGCAUAGUCCCUUCACUAAGCGACAGGCCUUCACGUCAACCUCGACCAUGAUAGAAGUGUUUAUGCAGGAGAAACAGCCUGUGGUGACGGCCUCCACAACCACACCGGCACCCCCAUCCUCUCCGCUGCCCAGCAAAACCAAUCCUGUGCCCCAGAUGUCCCCAGGGUCCUCGGAUAACCAGUCCUCAAGUCCCCAGCCAGCACAGCAGAAGCUGAAGCAGCAGAAGAAAAAAGCAUCAUUAACAUCAAAGAUUCCUGCACUUGCGGUGGAAAUGCCUGGCUCGGCGGAUAUCUCAGGGCUAAACCUGCAGUUUGGGGCGUUGCAGUUUGGUUCAGAGCCUGUUCUCGCUGAGUACGAGUCGACGCCCACAACCAGUGCUGCCGUUAGCCAGUCUCAGAGCAGCCUGUACACCAGCACGGCCAGUGAAUCUUCAUCCACGAUUUCAUCCAAUCAAAGCCAGGAGUCUGGUUACCAGAGCGGCACAAUACAGACAGCAACAUUUACCUCCCAGAACAGCGCUCAGGGACCACUAGCCCUCAGCUGUGCUACGUACCUGGGACUGGUGUCAAGUAGAUUGCAAGUACUCCUUUUUUCUCUUCUUUCUCAGAAUGGUUUCAGUUCUGUACAGCCCACGCCGUUACAAACCACGCAGGCCGUUGAAGGUGCUACAGGCCCCGCAGUGAAAUCCGAUUCCCCCUCUGCUCCCAGUAUCACACCUCUCAGUGAUGGGGUGUCUGCGUCGUCCUUGCUGACAACAGCCAGCCAACACUCGACAGCUCUGAGCAACCUGAGCCACAGCGAGGAGCUCCCCAGUACAACCACUGCCCAGCUCAGCAGUGCGUUGCCCACCCAGCAGAACAGUCUGUCCUCAUCCACAUCCUCUGGGCGAACAUCAACUUCAACUCUCCUGCACACGAGUGUGGAGGGUGAAGCGAGCCUCCAUUCUUCUGCUAGCACUUUCUCCACCUCCUCCAGCACGGUGUCGGCCGCGCCGCCGGUGGUCAGUGUUUCAUCCAGCCUCAGCAGCGUCAGCAGCCUGGGCCUCAGCCUCAGCAGCAACUCCACGGUGACGGCCUCCACUCGAAGCUCCGUCGCAACAACAUCAGGAAAAGCCCCUCCUAAUCUCCCUCCUGGAGUCCCACCGUUGUUGCCUAAUCCAUACAUCAUGGCUCCAGGGUUGCUACAUGCCUAUCCACCACAGGUGUACGGAUACGAUGAUUUGCAAAUGCUCCAGACGAGAUUCCCAUUGGAUUACUACAGCAUCCCAUUCCCCACACCCACCACCCCGCUGACUGGAAGAGAUGGCAGCCUGAGCAGCAAUCCGUACUCUGGUGACUUAACAAAAUUUGGCCGAGGUGAUGCCUCUUCUCCUGCUCCUGCAACAACUCUGGCACAGCCUCAGCAGAGCCAGACCCAGACCCAUCACACCACGCAGCAGACGUUCCUGAACCCGGCGCUGCCUCCUGGCUACAGUUACACCAGUCUGCCGUACUACACAGGGGUACCAGGGCUCCCAAGCACCUUCCAGUAUGGGCCCGCCGUGUUCCCUGUUGCUCCUACCUCUUCCAAGCAGCAUGGUGUGAAUGUCAGCGUCAACGCAUCAGCGACCCCUUUCCAACAGCCCAGUGGCUACGGCUCUCAUGGGUACAGCACUGGUAAGAGACCUGUUGGAGCACCUUCCACGGUAGCAGAGCUUGUUCCCAGUCUCCCUGGCUGUGCUGGGGACUGCUGUCUUCCGGCAGUAAGGGAGGAGAAUGCCUGGGGUGCCACUCUCAUGUCAUUCAAUUAUCCCUGGAAAGGCCCAGGAUUGUUCUGCAUCCACAUCUGGAGCGGUUUUGGGAGAUACAGAGCACUUCAUGCCCUCCUCUGUGCCCCACAGUUGAGUGGCUGGGGCCUUGAACCCCUGUCGGAAGCUGAAUUGUUUGGUUUGAUUCGAUUUGUUGGUUUUUUUAACUGCCUCUCUGUGAUCAAUAGAACAGCAAUUAUUCUGGAUUUGAAUUCAUUUCCCACCAGUUUGGCAGACACUUUCUAGGGAGGUAUCCUUGUG